AUCCAAGCCUCAUGGACGUGCACCUAAAUACCGAAAACGCUCACCGUUCCAUUUCUUCCUGCGCUCGUGUCUAUUCUCUGAUGAAUUCCGACAAACAUUCUUCCUUUAAGUCCGCAAUGCAAUUCACCAUCUGUUUCAAUGGCCAAGCUCAUGUGUCUACCUAUCCAGAAACUUAAAAUACCAAAUGCGAAAAGACAUGCGCCGGCAAAUCACGAUCAUGUGCAACUAUGCGAAUCAUGUCGAGACUGGGGCCAUAUCAGCAUACACAGUCUAGAUGACCCCGUCCCCAAAGACGAGAAAGACAGGUACACCACGGGUCGGCGCUCGGUGACGCUCGAAGGAUUGGCGCAAGGAGCCCAGUCGCAAUGCCGCAUGUGCACAUCUGUUAUGUCUGUUUACGAUGCCCGGGCCCGAGAGAUGGAGAAUGUGCAGGCUCUACCGCCGGAAGAUGUCGGUGUUAGCAUAGACGGACCGUUCUAUCUGGACUCGGGAGGCCAUUCGCUUCACUCUCCAGAGGGUCGUCCUCGACGUUAUGGCGAUCGGUCUGAUCCCGAUCACAUCGUCGUCACUAUAUUCAUCCGCGUCACGAUUAAGAGCCUGGCGCAUGUCGCCGAAAUGAAAAGCGAAUCAUUUUUGCGAUCACGAGCUACCAGACAGCAAGGAAGGGCUGAUCGUACGGAGGAAAUCGAGACCUCUGAUACCUCGUUGUUCACUAUUACCCCGCUUUUCAAGUUAACUUAUUCUAACGACGAUGCUAAAGUCCUGACUAGAGUCGAAGAAUGGAAUGUGCCGUUCUUUGAUACAACGGUUCUUCGCGGCUGGCUUACGAGAUGUGACGAUCAGCACACGGGGGAAUGUGUUGGCAAAACGGUCGAAAUAGAGAAUCUUCCUGCGGGAUUUCGAGUCAUUGACACUCAUGAAGACAAGAUUGUAGAGCCGAAUAGUUCCUUUCGAUAUGUAGCACUGAGUUACAUGUGGCCCGUCGGCCCCGACAAUAAUCUCCGGUUGGAAAAAUGUAACAUCGACACCCUUGAGGCACCCGGUAGUCUCCGUCAAGUGCAGCUGCCAAACAUCAUAAGCGACGCCAUUGCCCUGUGUCGCAACAUGGGUGAGCGCUAUCUGUGGAUUGAUCGUCUUUGCAUCAUCCAAGAUGACGAGAUUAGCAAGCCAAACCAGAUCAAUGCGAUGGAUCAGAUCUAUCGUUUGGCAAGCUUCACGAUCAUCGGGGCUCUGAACACACGCGAUGAUAUUGGCUUACCGGGGUGUGCUGGCAGACCCCGGCAUGCUUCCGCGUGGUCAUCACAUUAUGAGCCCGAAGUCGAGCUGCAGGGCUUGCGAUGCGGGAUAACGGCGGACAAAGCCAUUAACACGACGCUAUGGAACCGUAGAGGCUGGACCUUUCAGGAGAGGUUACUAUCUAGACGCUGUCUGUAUAUCACACAUGAUCAAGUCAUAUACAAGUGCUGCGAGGAUGAAGCCAUGGAGAUGCUUACCUGGGCAGUACACACGACGCCGCUGUCCCUACACAGAGACGAUGGUGGUCACAAUGACGACAUGUAUUGUUUAGAAGAUCGAAGCGGCUCUUCUGGUUUGUCCAGUGAUGAAGCAACUGAUGCUCUGAAAGAGCCCGAAGGUGGUGGCAUUUUUAAGAGAACCGACAAUGACGAGCAGUUCACUAUCCAAGACGGGGUGAAACUGGCGCAUUACUGCAAUUGGAUCAAAGAUUACAGCUCACGACAAUUAUCCGUCGCCAGCGAUGCCUUCAGCGCGUUUGCCGGGGUCGCCAACGCGCUGCGUCCGGCUUUCAACUGUCAGAUGAGAUUCGGCAUACCGGAGAAAUACAUUCCGAUCUGUCUCUGCUGGGAUUGCCCCGGACACUUCAGCCCGCGAGGUGACAUCCCAGAGGUUCCGAGCUGGAGCUGGGUAAGCUCGUCGCGGCCUGUCACCUACGACUGUGAGGGCGAAGUGCUGGGCCGAGAUUUCCUCCAGAUUGCGAGCAUUGUGUAUUUCUAUAUCAAGACACCGGCUAAGAAUCUCCUUAAGCUCCAGGCUGAGGAACGAUGGAUACAGCACGAGGUAUCCAUCCAGGAGAUGGCCGGGCGAGACGAGUUGCCGCCUCUGCGCGGGAAGGGCAUCCCUGGAGAGUGGAGGUCGAACAAGGACUGGAGGGAGUGUCCGCAGAACCCGUGGACAACAUUCGCGAGGCAGACAUUGGACUCAGAGGCAAUCAAAGUAGCAGAUCUAUUCCCUGGAUCUCUCGUCUUCAACACGACAGUCGCAUGUCUCAAGAUUGGCCAGCUUUCAGCGCCAAAAGAUAAGAAGAAAUCGAAAUCAGACGUUUCCAACGCUAUUAUUCUCAGCUCGAACGAUGAGCACGUUGGAACCAUCAGGAUGAUGGAUCACGGAUGGAUAGAAAACAACUGUAGCAGCGUCGGCGUUCAGAAGCGUUUCGAGUUCAUCGUGAUCUCAGGACGUCUCCAGGAGUAUUUUAAUAGGAAGAUGUCUGCCUUUUUGAACAGGUAUUCAGAUAUAUGGGAAUUGAAUGUCAUGAUGGUAGAGAGGCUACCUUGUGCGUCUUUCGUCGCUAGGAGGAUGGGGAUCGGGACGGUCAAGAUGUGUAAGUGGAAAGACUGUAGUCCUAGAUGGGAGACUGUGGUUCUCUGUUGAUUGAUAUAGGUGCCUGCAUGUACGUAGGGCACAAAUACACGACUGCACAUCGAAUAUCUAUCUGUAUAUAUACCCCAAGAUAUCAUCUUUGCAAGUUGUUGGAUCAUAGAGAGAUGUUGCACAUCCGAAAUGGUGUAGGACAAUCCUUUUGGAAGAGACCCGUCCAAGGCUCCUUCGAAGCUGGAUGGAAAUUAUAUUAUGUGUACAGCUCAACCUCUAGGCUCUCUAAGUGUCGACCUAGACCCUUCGGCCAACAGCAAGAAUACCUCUUUUUCCUUCAAAUUUAUGCUAAUUACUCGAUGUUUCUAUGAUAUAGUUGCGCACACGUC